AUGAGGAUGGAGAAAAGGUCUCGGAGCUCUUCCAAGGAGUCUCAUAGGAGACGCAGAGAGUCCCCGGCUGCGCAGAGCAAACGACAGAAGAGAGAGAGCAGCAGAGAAGCUGGCAAAGGAAAGGGAGAUGUAAAGCAGGAGAAAGCCAAGGAGACCGAAAGCACCAUGGGGAGUGAUGGUAGGGUGCACACCUCCACGGUGGUGGACGUGGAUGAUGUGGUGUCUGAUGAAGAAAUGGAUGCAAUGGCAUUGCUGGAUAGUGAGCAGCAAGAGGAAGGUGUAAAGUCUCCUGGUCUGGGUGUCUGUGAGUGGCUUUUGACCAUCUUGUCUUUCCUGUUCAUCAUAAUGACCUUCCCCAUUUCUGUCUGGUUCUGCAUGAAGGUAGUGCGGGAGUAUGAGAGAGCCAUUGUUUUCCGACUUGGGCAUCUCCUUCCUGGCAGAGCCAAAGGACCCGGCCUUUUCUUUUUCCUUCCCUGUUUGGACACCUACCACAAGAUAGACCUCCGCCUCAAAACCCUAGAGAUCCCUUUCCAUCAGGUGGUGACCAAAGACAUGGUUACUUUGGAGAUAGAUGCUGUCUGCUACUACCGGUUGGAAAAUGCCUCUCUUCUCCUCACCAACCUGACCAGCAUCUCCAGUGCCAUCCAGCUACUGGUGCAGACCACCACAAAGCGCCUCCUGGCACAUCAAGCCUUCUCUGAGCUUCUGCUGGAGAGGAAGAACAUCAGCCAGGAGAUAAAGGUGGCUUUGGAUGCGGUCACAGGCUGCUGGGGGAUCAAAGUGGAGAGAAUAGAAAUCAACAACGUGCAGCUGCCUGCUGAGCUCCGGCAGUCCCUGGCUGUGGAAGCGGAGGCCCAGAGACAGGCCAAAGUGCGGGUGAUCGCUGCAGAGGGGGAGAAGGCUGCUUCCGAGUCCCUGCGGAUGGCAGCUGAGAUCCUGUCCAGUGCUCCAGCUGCUGCUCAGCUCCGUUAUCUCCAUGCACUGCACUCCCUUACCACAGAGAAGCCUGCUGCUUUCAUCUUGCCCUUGCCUCUGGAUGCCAUGAACUUAGUCUCUCCAGCUACCCACAGCCCUCCAGCUGUGAGCAGCCUCCUCACAGGCACCACAAAGCUCCCAGAAAACCCAAAAGACAAGAAGGACUCACCCAUGCUCUGAGAGAAUUGGUUCCCACAUUGCUCCUGCUCAGAAAGGAGCAGGAAGGCUGGCCCACCAUCAGGUUCUGACCUGGAGGCAGGAGGGAAAGCAGCCCAGGCCUGCAAUAUA